AUGAGCGAGUCGAUCUCGAAGUCCAGCCAGCCCUUGGCCUCCAAGCAGGAAAAGGAUGGCACUGAGAAGCAGGGCUGGGGCAGGCCGCAUAAGCAGCCUCUCGUGAGUCCCAGGACAGCGCUGGGAGGGAGUCAGAAGGAGCCCAGCGAAGUGCCAAAACCUAAGGGACCUCAGGGCCGACCAAAUGGAAGGAAAAACAAGGACGCUGCCAAGACCUGGAAAACCACCACAACUACAGGAAGGAAACCAAGGGGCAGACCCAAAAAACUGGAGAAGGAGGAAGAGGAGGGCAUCUCACUGGAGUCCUCGAAGGAGGAGCAGUGA